CGUCACCUCCACGUUCACGAUGAAACUGUUGGUUCUUCUUCUCUUGGCGGUCUUUGCUGCUGCCGAACGCAAGAGAUACGAUGGGUACCAGGUGAAACGAGUGUUCCCGAAAGACUCGGUGGGCCUGGAACACCUGGCCCAGAUGCGCCUGGAUAUCCGUCUCGAUUUCUGGACGGAAGUGCGAAAGCCGUCCACGGACAUCAUGGUGCCUCCCGAGAUGGUCGAGGAACUGGAAGGGCGACUCGAGGAACUCGACCUUCCUUUCUUGACCAUCAUCCGUGACGUCCAGAAACUUUCGGACGAACAGAAGGUGGCGGAGCCAAACGAAGCUGGAACUCCCAGGGCUAUGGAUUGGACAUCUUACCAUCGUCUGGUUGACAUCCACGGAUACUUGGACCAACUGGCGGAGGACUACCCAGAAAUGGUGACUGUGAUGAGCAUCGGGUCCAGUUUCGAAGGCCGAGACAUGAAAUUGAUCAAGGUUUCAACGGGAACUGCUUCGCAGAAAAUGUGGAUCGAUGGAGGUAUCCAUGCUCGAGAAUGGAUCGCCCCGGCCGUCGUGACCUACAUCCUUCGAGAGUUGGUGGAGAACUACGAAGAAAACAGGGAUGUCGUGGAUCUUUUCGACUGGUACCUCCUCCCUCUCCACAAUCCUGAUGGAUACGAAUACAGCCACACCAACGAGAGGUAUUGGAGGAAGACGCGAUCGGUGACAGAAUCCUCGUGUCGAGGAGUAGAUCCCAACCGAAACUGGGACUUCCAUUGGAUGGAGAGCGGAGCGAGCCAGAAUCCCUGCAGCGAUAUCUACGCGGGGCCGAUUCCAUUCUCGGAGAGCGAGACGAGCUCUGUGGCGGACUUCCUCUUGGAGGAAAACGCGGACCGGACCUUCCAGGGAUUCCUCACCGUCCACUCCUUUGGCCAAUAUUGGCUGUGUCCGUGGGGCUAUGAUACGAUCUAUCCCGAUGACUACGAUCUGCUGGUGAGAUCCUGCACGCAAUACGGUCGACAACAGUAAUAUUCAAUACAUUUGACUCACACAUGUUUUCGUAAUAGGAAGAAGCCGCGGCCGGCGGGUCGGACGAUUGGGCCAAGGGAGUCGGGAACAUCCAGUACUCCUACACGUUGGAACUUCGAGACACUGGCGCCUGGGGAUUCGAACUCCCUGCCAGCCAGAUCAUCCCAACCGGCCAGGAGACCUGGGAAGGCGUGAAGGCCUUUGCUAGAUAUUUCCAAUAAACGUGUAUUGGCUAUGC